ACAGAAGCGUUGCAACCCCUAGCCCGAGAAGAGGCAAGGUCGUCCAAUGCCAUGCCCCCCCAGCGUCGGAAACGUGCCGAAUUUGUUGAAGAUCCAAAAGCGAAUAAUAAACGCCUACGAAUGCAUAGCAGCACAAGAAAAAACACUAGAAACCACGAAAUUGUGGAAGAUUCUUUUUCACAUAAAAAAUGUGUGGCCCUGUUUCAUGAGUAUGCUACUGCAAAUGAUCCUGAUCUGUUGGGUCCAGAAGGAAUGGAAAAGUUUUGUGAGGAUAUUGGAGUGGAACCUGAAAAUAUAGUAAUGCUGGUCAUAGCUUGGAAAAUGGAGGCAAAACAAAUGGGCUUUUUUACAAAAUCUGAAUGGCUUAGGGGUCUUACAGAUGUUGAAUGUGAUAGUAUUGAAAAAAUUCGGGGUAAAAUUGAUCAUCUUCGUAGCCUUUUAAAUGAUCCUGUAACCUUCAAGAACAUAUAUCGAUAUGCGUAUGAUUUUGCAAGGGACAAGGACCAAAGGAGUAUGGACAUAGAGACUGCAAAAGCAAUGCUACAACUCCUUCUGGGAAGGAUAUGGCCUUUAUAUAGCUCCUUUCACCAGUUCCUAGAGCAAUCUAAGUACAAGGUAAUAAACAAAGACCAGUGGUGUAAUGUUUUAGAAUUUAGUAAGACUAUUAAGCCAGAUCUGAGCAAUUAUGAUGAAGAUGGAGCUUGGCCAGUUCUGUUAGACGAAUUUGUAGAUUGGUUAAAAACUAAGAAUGGCAGGCAUGUGUACGACAGCUUGAAAGCGAGUCAUUCUACCUAUAAUUAAUUAUGUUAGCUCUUUUGUGCCAAACACUGGGCAUGUGCUGUGGAAGAAGCGGUAAAGUGUGUGUGGAGAGAGUGGACAGUUCUCCCGACUCAAAGAGCAUGUGAUACAUUUGAAGAAGGACUCGGAAACGUAUCAUCGCACCUGCCCCACAAGAGGGGGGGGGGAGCUUUCAUGGGCCAUGUUGUAACCCAAAAUGCAUUAAAUCUACAAUUU